AUGGAGAAGCUAUUUCCUGGCAGUAUUUGUGUUAAUAGAAUAAAUUUCAGUGCGAAAUCUGCUUACGAAUCUUUUGGGAAUUAUAAGCUUCUACUGAAUGCUUUCAGAGAGUGUGAAGUUAGCAAGGAUAUACCAAUAGAAAGUUUAAUUAAUGGAGCAUUUUCAGAAAAUUUUCGAUUUGCACAAUGGUUUCGGCUGUUUUAUGAAGCUAAUAUAAAAACACGCCAGAAAGACAAUUCCAGCAGCAAAAAGUUAAACUCAAACAAGAAAUGCAGCAGAAGACAUCAACCACAACAACAACUGCCUAAUAACAUUAAGAAUUGUCUGUCAUCAUCAUCAACAACAACCUCGGCGUUGAUGUCAUCACCCAGCACUCCUUUACAUCAUCGUGAAGAUAAUGUCAGAUCUUUGAAAUCAUCAUCUUAUAGUAGUAGUAAAUCGAAUGGAUCAUCCAGUUCUGCAAGACCUCAAUCAUCAUUACGAAUGCAAACUACUCGAUCAACUUCGUGUCAUGUUAGACCACAAUCUUCAACUGGAUUUUAUGAGAAAUCUAAUGGAAUGUGGAAAAGUGAAGAUACUAGACAGGAAUAUGGAGAAGUAACUGAUCCAAGUACUGACGAAACUGUUGUCUCACACUGUAAUAACACUAUUCAUAGAAAAGUUUCAACAUCACCUUCAUCACAACCAAAAAAUUCUUUAAAUAUUCAAAAUUAUGAUAUUAGUAAGAAAAAAAGUAUUACUAGAACAAAUUAUAGUGUUGAUGUAUGUAACAACGGUAACCAUAGUAACGACAAUAUUGAACAGAAAGAUUCACUACCACCUUGUCCAACUCGUCGUCAUUCAUCAACACACCACAAUCAGCAUCAUCAUCAUCACCAUCACCAUGAUCAUCAAUCGCAUCAUUCAGAGUAUCUUCAACACCAACCUCAUGAGCAACAUAUUUUCAGCGACCAGUAUACCGUCAGUUCAUCUUAUGCACAUUCAAACAAAACUGAUGAAGAUGCCAUUGAAUGUGUUACAUCUCAACAGGUAUCAUCAAUUUCAUCUUGUAAAUAUAACCAGUCUGAUAAUCUAGAACAUUCCAGCGCCACAGAUAGCAUACAUCAGUAUCAUCGGAUGCAUACUGCCUCCACUGUUAUCGGUGCAAAUGAUAAUCAUGCCUUGAACAUUGAAAAUAUUGCUAAUAUUGCUAACAAUUUAAAACAAAAUUUACAUAAAUCUGAUGAAAUACAACAAACAUUCGAUGAAAUUUUAGCUAAAAAUCAUAAGAGGAAGACAGUUAUAACGCCAACAACUUCUACUACUCCAGAAUCUUCUAUAACAAAUCAAUCAUUGCUAGAAAAAUCAAUAAUAGGUAAUAGAAGCUCUGAUAAAAUAAAAAAGCAUGAAGAUAAAUUAAAAAGACGAAUUACUGCUUUAAAUAAAGAGAAUAGUCAACUUAAAGAAAUACUGAACUGUAUUCAAAUGGAAACCGAUUUUUAUCUGAAGAAAAUGUGUCAAAUUGAAGAUUUCUGUCUACAAUUAAUACAUCAUGAUAACAGUAAUGACAAUGAAGAAGAAUUUCAUCAAGGCGAUAAUCAAGUCAGUGUUGUCCAUGGUCACAACGAUGAAAAUAAUCAUGAUGUCGGUGUUGAUGGCAUGAAUAAUCAUUCUUCUAUGGAUAAUUUAUCUCAGACACUUAUACAAGAAAUUUUAGCUAUUCUUUACGAUGAAAGUUAUGUAAGUUCAAAUGAAUUUUUCGCUUUUUUGCCUGUACGAAUAGUUAAUUGA